CAAUCAUUGAAAUCAAAGGCUAUAUAAAGCCUCACCCCUGGCUUAGUUUUCCUCAUACUUCAACUUAAAUCAUCUCAAUACUUCCCUCGUUUAUUUGGAAGCAUGUCUUCACCAUUUUGGAUUCUUUUGUUGGGUUUUUUGUUUAUGGCCUCUGGAACACUGGCAACUCCACCUAGAAGGCCAAUAGCAGUUCCAUUCGGGAGGAACUAUGUGUCUACAUGGGCUUUUGAUCACAUUAAGUACUACAAUGGAGGCUCCGAGAUUGAGCUUUACCUUGACAAAUAUACUGGUACUGGUUUCCAGUCAAAAGGAUCUUACUUGUUCGGACAUUUUAAUAUGCAAAUAAAGCUAGUUCCUAGAGACUCUGCUGGAACUGUUACUGCCUUCUAUUUAUCUUCUCAAAAUUCGGAGCAUGACGAGAUAGAUUUUGAGUUCUUGGGGAACAGAACGGGCCAGCCAUACAUUUUACAGACAAAUGUGUUCACUGGAGGAAAGGGUGACAGAGAACAGAGGAUUUAUCUUUGGUUUGACCCAACAAAAGCCUACCAUUCCUACUCUGUGCUCUGGAACUCCUAUCAGAUUGUAUUCUUUGUCGACAACGUACCAAUAAGAGUGUUCAAGAACUGCAAAGAUUUGGGAGUGAGAUUCCCAUUCAACCAGCCAAUGAAGAUAUACUCGAGCCUGUGGAAUGCGGAUGACUGGGCCACUAGGGGUGGACUGGAGAAGACCGAUUGGUCCAAAGCCCCUUUUAUAGCUUCCUACAAGGGCUUCCACAUUGACGGGUGCGAGUCAUCGGUGGAAGCCAAGUUCUGUGCCACCCAGGGGAAGCGGUGGUGGGACCAAAAGGAGUUCCAGGACCUUGAUUCUUAUCAAUGGAGGAGGCUCGCCUGGGUUCGCAACAAGUUCACCAUCUACAACUAUUGUAGUGAUAGGGUCAGAUUCCCCACCAUACAUCCCGAGUGCAAGAGAGAUAGGGACAUCUAAUAUUUAAUUUCAGUAAAAACUCAUGUCCACAAUCUAACAUUUUAUAUCCCUUAUCGCCAGUACUAUAAGCAUAUAAAUAUGCAUAAGGUCGACCCUGUUAGGGUCGGUUUUUUUCAUUUCUUCCGAGCUUCAUCAUUUGGAGGCCUUCAAUUCCAUUUUCAUGUAAUUUAUUUCAAUUAUUUGUUGUCAUGGCAGUGAUAAUAUUAAGCUUAUACUAUUUUUGUGUGUAA